AUGGCGAACAUAGACGAUGUCGUGAAACGGCUAGCCACCCCAGAGCUUGAGCCUCGACUGAGGAUAGAAGCCGCCUCAGUCCUGCGCGACAGUCUUGACCACUAUACUGUCGGCCCUGUAUACCCGAACUUCCUUAGAAGGGUUAUGCCCGUAUUCAUCAAUAUUCUGAGGGGACCAUGCAUCUUCCAGAGCAACUCUCCGGAGCAGAAAUUGCGCAACUGCAUCUUGGAGAUUCUCCACCGAUUGCCGACUCCUCUCGCCCCAGCGCCCCCUCCUGCCGGGGCCCCCCCACACCCGCCUACAGCUCUCGAACCGUACGCCGUAGAGAUUGUCGAUCUUCUUAUGACUCUCAUAAGACAAGAUAACGAAGAGAAUGCCGUCAUAUGCGUCAAGAUCAUCUCUGAGAUCCUGAGACAUCUGCCUCGGCAGCUCUCUAGCAAGAUUCAGCCUUUCCUGUCCCUUAUUCAGGCAAUCUUUGAUCGGACCGAGUCGAUGGUACGGGAACAGCUCGACAACACCUCCCUGUCGACCAGCACUGCGCAUGGAGCGCCCUCUACACCUGGCAGUACCCAAACGAAUUUCCAGUCUCCGCGACCGGGCUCACCCGUAGCCUCCGUCAACGAUCUAGGACCAGAUCCCCAGCAGCAAAACCGGAUGCUUGUUAAGGGUAUGCAAUCGUUCAAGGUCCUUGCCGAGUGUCCCAUAAUCGUCGUGUCCAUCUUCCAAGUCUCACGACAACUCGUUGCGCACAACGUUAAGCUCUUCGUCCCAACGAUCACAAGCGUGUUGCUCCUGGAAGCUAGUGCGCAGAAACAGGCCCACGAGGAGGCGAAGGCUAAGGGAGAGAUAUUCACUGGUGUCAGCCCUCUGAUUAAGAACCGAGCAGCCUUCGGCGACUUCAUCACUGCCCAGGUAAAGACUAUGAGUCUCUUGGCGUAUUUGUUGCGGCAAUACCAGAACCAGUUGGCCGAUUUCAUCAAAGUCUUGCCGGACGUUAUUGUCAGGCUGCUCAAGGAUUGUCCUCGGGAGAAGUCCAGCGCGAGAAAGGAACUCCUCGUCGCGAUACGCCAUAUCAUAAACUACUCCUCUCCCCGCAUUUUCUUGAACAAGAUUGACGAGUUGUUAGAUGAGAGGACACUAACUGGAGAUGGCGUGACUGUGUACGAGACCAUGCGACCGCUCGCGUACAGCAUGCUGGCCGACCUGAUCCACCACGUUCGGGACUUGUUGCAGCCUGAGCAGAUUCGAAAGACGGUCGAGGUUUAUACCAAGAAUCUGCAGGACGACUUCCCUGGUGCGAGCUUCCAAACUAUGAGCGCGAAGCUUCUUCUCAACAUGGCGGAAUGCAUCGCAAAGAUGCCUAACAAGGUCGAUGCGAGGCAUUACUUGAUGAAGAUUCUGAAUUCGAUUGGAGACAAGUUUGCAGCCAUGAACCGACAAUACCAUAACGCUGUCAAGCUUUCCAAAAAGUAUGCGCAGCAGGCGGCCGACGGUGUUACAGAGUCAUAUCUCCCCGACAAGAGGUUCCCUCCUGAUUGGGAUGAGAUCGAUAUCUUCACGGCCACGCCGAUUAGAACCGCAAAUCCGCGAGACCGGCCACCCGACCCGAUCACCGACAACAAGUUCUUAUUCCGACACCUAAUGAAUGGUCUCAAAAAUACUUUCUACCAGCUUCGAACAUGCAACGUUGGUCCGGGCGUCGACCCUAAGAAUGCUCCGCCUCACUGGCAGGACGUGGCUUUUGGCUUUACGGCUGAAGAAGUCAAAGUUAUAACCAAACUUUUCCGCGAGGGUGCGCAUGUCUUCCGGUACUACGAGGUGGAGAAGCCUCCGACGGAGACGCAGGCUACAUCCCCUGUCGAGUAUGUUGCGAACGCCAAUUGCAGCAAGGAGGAAAAGGACCUCCUGGAGACGUUCGCAACUGUAUUCCAUUACAUCGAUCCCGCUACUUUCCAUGAAGUUUUUCAACAAGAGAUACCCCAACUUUACGACAUGAUUUUCGAGCACACCGCCCUCCUCCACAUCCCCCAGUUCUUCCUUGCUAGCGAAGCCACCUCUCCCAGCUUCUGCGGCAUGCUUCUCCGCUUCCUGAUGGACCGAAUCGACCAGGUCGGCUCCGCUGAUGUCCGGAAGUCUGCUAUCCUGUUGAGAUUGUUCAAGCUUGCCUUUAUGGCCGUGACCUUAUUUGCCAGCCACAACGAACAGGUCCUCCUCCCACAUGUCGUGGACAUAGUUACAAAGUCUAUUGACCUGUCCUCAAAGGCUGAAGAGCCCAUCAACUACUUCCUCCUUCUAAGGUCUUUAUUUAGGAGUAUUGGUGGUGGCAAGUUUGAACAUCUUUACAAGCAAAUCCUGCCUCUCCUCGAGAUGCUUCUGGAUGUGCUUAACAACCUUCUCAUGGUUGCCAGAAAGCCUUCUGAACGGGAUUUGUAUGUUGAACUCUGUCUCACAGUUCCUGCUAGGCUGAGCAACCUGCUUCCCCAUCUCAGCUUCUUGAUGAGACCCCUCGUGGUUGCACUGCGUUCAGGCACAGAUCUGGUUGGUCAAGGGUUAAGGACACUGGAGCUGUGCGUUGAUAACUUGACUGCCGAUUAUCUGGAUCCCAUCAUGGCUCCUGUAGUUGAUGAGUUGAUGACUGCACUCUUUGACCAUCUCAAGCCUCAUCCUUACAGCCACUUCCACGCUCAUACUACAAUGCGCAUUCUUGGCAAACUCGGAGGACGAAACCGGAAAUUCAUGACGGAUGUACAGCAGCUCAACUUUCAGGAAUUUGCUGAUGACCCUGCCAGUCUACAGCUCCGCCUCGUUGGAUCGAAGAAGGACCGCCCAUUCCCUGCCGAGAUCGGCAUCGAUCUUGCGAUCAGGAAGCUUACCGAGGUUCCCAAGCCCACCACGAAGGCUAAUCAGGGCCGCCAGUACGACUCGUACUAUAAAACGCAAGCUCUGCAGUUCCUCAAAGCCCAGCUCAAGCUACGCAUUGGCUUCGAUGGCUUACCGGAGGACUACUCACGAUUACUCCGUCUCCAGGUCCAGGAUCUAUUUCGUAGGAAGGUAGAAUUCGACUUUUCCCCCUUUAUCACCUCGUCUCGGGACUGCUCCAUUCCCAAGAAAGAUGGUCAAGAUACGCUUGUUAAGCGUCUAUUGAAGGCUCUCAUGGUUGCCGAAGCGAUGCCCGAGUUUAAAGAGGGAUCAGAUGGCUUCCUGAUGAACGUGUGCAGACACUUCACAAUCAUCGAGGUUGGGCGAGCCGUGGUUGAUGUCAAGCGCUUCAUGACUCCGUUCGAUCAGCAUGCUGGAGAGGGGCCUCUUUGUAUCGAUGCUCGAGUCCUUGGUGACGCCAUUGUUGAGUCUCUUGCUUCCGACCAAAUUGAAGUGCGCGAGGUCGCACAGGCGGCGCUGCGUGAGAUCCACAGGUCGACCGCCAUCCUCUUCGGCUCCGAGAUGAGCGUGGCCCGACUACCCUUCUUUAGUUACAUGUGCACGACGUUCUGCCAUAGCUGCUAUGAGGAGGAGUGGUUCACCAAGACCGGCGGCACUCUGGGCAUCAAGUUUAUGCUCACUGAAUUCGACUUGGGAGAAUAUUGGCUCGCAUCGAAGCAAGGAGAGUUUAUCCGUGCCCUCUUAUAUGUCAUCAAGGAUAUACCGCAGGACCUACCAGAGAAGACGAGACGUUAUGCACAGGAGACGCUCGAGAUUCUCCUCAAACGACUCGCCAAGAACGCCAAAAAGGAGGAUCUCACUCCUGUGCGACAGCAACCGGGGCAGCCUCAGGUAAAGCAACACCGUCUCGCACAGAUUUGCAUGCUCUUGAAUAGCGAGCUGAGCAACAUGAACCCGCACAUCCGGGAAACGGCGAAGCGGUCUCUUGAACUUAUCGCUUCGGCUGCCAAAUGCCAGGUUUGGGAGCUCGUCGAACACUACAGGGACAGGCUUCUUCAGCCGAUUUAUGCGAAGCCCUUGCGAGCUCUUCCCUUCGCAGUCCAAAUCGGUUAUAUUGAUGCCGUCACUUAUCACAUGAAUCUCAAGCAGGAUUGGGUUACCUUUGACGAGAACCUAAACCGCAUGCUGAUGGAGUGUCUGGCUCUCGCGGAUGCCAGCGACGAAUCCCUGGCUAAUAAACCCGCCGAGUACAGAACUCAGGAGAACAUCGUGGCCCUCAGAGUAGCAUGCAUCAAGCUCCUCAGUACCGCCGUCGCCUUUCCCGACUUCUCGAAGGCGGCCCUCAUCGCGACCAGGACAAAAGUCGUUGCGGUCUUCUUCAAAUCUCUCUAUUCUGAGUCGCAGGCGACUAUUGACGCGGCCAACGAUGCUCUUAAGUCGAUUGUUUCCCCUUCGACUAAGUUGCCUAAGGAGCUGCUCCAAGGCGGACUGCGGCCUGUUCUCGCCAACCUCGCCGAUUCUAAGAAGCUUACCGAGCAUGGCUUAAACAACCUUGCACGCAUCCUCAAACUCCUAACUAAUUAUUUCAAAUUGGAGAUUGGUGCUCGGUUACUCGACCACAUCAAGGCGAUUGCGGACCCCAAUAUGCUGCAGCAGAUCUCCUUCACAUUCUUCGAGCAAGCCCCUCCCAUGAAGGUCAUCGCCGCUGUCUUCAACGUCUUCCACCUGCUUCCCGAUGGAGCCGAUGGUUUCAAGGAGCGCCUCAUCAACACCGUCCUAGAUCUCGAGGAACAGCUUCGGCGAACUCAGAGGAGCCCAUUUAGGCCACCCCUGUUCAAGUAUAUCAACCGCUACCCCAAGGAAGUGUGGGGUUUCUUGCUGAGCAAAUUGGGCGAACUCAAGUAUGGGCGAUUCUUGGCGCAGGCGUUAGACGAUCCUAACAGUGGCCCCCUGCGUGAGGCCGCCACUGCGGACGUGGAGAGCUUGAUUAAGAAGUGCGUCGAGAUCGGGCAGAAGCAGAGCGAUCUGAAGUUCUCCGCAGUCAUCAACACCAUACACAUUCUCGAUUCUUUGAGUAGGUGGCCUGGAGCUGAGGCGUGGAUGCAAAAGCCGGAGGUCAUUACCUGGCUGAAACAAGCCGGAAAAGAGCUCGAGCAAACCCUUCGCAACUUCACACUACCUCCUCAGCUUCGUCUUCCGGCCGAUCAGGCGGCUGAGCAGCUCGUUUCAAUCCUUGUCAAGACACUCGAGCAGUCGCCUAAGGACCUUGACCCCCUCCUCAGCCUGAUCCAAUCUGUCACUGCUGGCGAGUUCAGGGCAACUCACCCCCUCUACGCGUACAUUUACAAGUUCAUCAUCUGCAGCGACUCGAUAGACUUCUGGAAGGCGACGUUCUUCAAGUGUCUUGAGGUCUACGGCAAUAAGACGGCUCCCCAGAAGACCAAAUGGUUCCUCUUGCACAACAUCGUCAACCCAAUCAUCGCUAUGGAUGUUAUGCGUAACUGGAACCAGACGGAGCCAAUAAAGGGACCCAAGCUGAUGGACCGUUCCGUUCUGGAUGCCGUUUCCACUAGGAUGUGGAAGGUCAUCUCUGACAUGAAUAUCGACGACACGGCGCAGCCCGGUAUUGAUCAUACACGGUUCGAAGUCUUGCAACUAUCCGCCAUGAUUGUCAAGUAUUACCACACGUCUCUCCAAGACUCACGGAAGGAUAUCAUCAAGUUCGGCUGGACUUACAUUCGACUUGACGACGUGAUUAUCAAGCAUGCGGCCUACGUCGUCAUCGGCUACUUCAUCGCUCUGUUUGAGACGCCAGCCAAGAUCCCGACGCAAAUAUACCUCUCGCUCCUGAGAAUCAACCAGAACGAAGGUCGAGCUCUGGUCAGUCAAGCCUUGGAGCUCGUGGCACCUGUUCUCCCUAAGCGAUGCAAUACUCUUCCCAAUGAGAGGAGCAAUGCCUGGGCUCUCGCUCCCCGGCGUGUCCUUGCCGACGAGGGCCAUCAAACGACCUCCAUCUUCCAUUUCUUGGUGAAGCACCCUGACCUCUUCUAUGAGGCUCGUGAUAAGUACGUGACGCUCAUCAUCUCCAACCUCCGGAAGGUGGCGCUGCCCCCCAACUCUACGAAUGAGAACCGCAAGCUUGCCCUGAGCAUGAUGUGGCUUAUUUGGCAAUGGGAGCAACGCCGAGUUGAAGGAAAGCCGGCUGCAGGGACACCUGCACCGGAAUCGCCCACCACUAGGAAGCGAAGGCCGGAUUCCGAAACCCCAGGGUCGUCCGGUUCACCAGUCAUGGCUCGACCGGGUGUGCCAGGUGCCAGAGCCUUGUCAGAGUCUCCUAACACUAAGAAGAGGAAGCUCGAAGGCGAUCAGCAGAUGGGAUCCGCCUCUCCCUCGGCGCCCUCCCGGCAAACUCCUCAUCUGGCGGUACCGGAGAAGGCAGAAUUCAUCAUCCCCCCACUGGCACGACAGAAGAUGAUCAAGUAUCUUAUCGAGUUCAUCGCCCAGUUGAACGACCGAUUCCCUCUUCAGUCUGCCAAACCCAGGGAUACAACGCUGCCCGGCCUGGCUGCUCCAGCCGUUUUCAAUGGCGAUCUCGCCAAAAAGGCCAUUCAAUUGCUGUACAAUCUACUUCAGCCGCAGUAUUGGGGUGAUCUUGAAUUGGACUCCUUCCCCGCGAUGACCCACGGCUUCCUCGCGUCCGAAAAGACCCAGACCGUCUUAACCGCUGAUCCAUCUGACAAGGAGAAGUAUGAUGAUAAGUUCAUGACCAGUAUCAUCAACACUCUCAUGGUUGUCAGGGUCAUCUUGCAUUUCAAAUCGGAUGAGUGGAUCAAUAAGAACCUCAGCGCCGUACUGAAGGUCGUCGAGAAGUGUGUCAAGUCUGAGAACCCUGAAAUACAAGACUGCCUUCACGUCCCGGAUAAUGAUGGUGAUGAGGGUCGCGAGAUCGUGCCUAUUAUUAAGAGAAUCUUGGAUGCCGUUCCGGAGGACGUUCCUAUGGAGGAUGCCGACGGCGAGGGCGAAUCGGAGGUUCAGACGUCAGAGACGAUAACUUCUCUCUCCUCCAUCGCCGGCGAGUUGAUGGCCAACGGCCAUUAUUCCUCUGGAGUCAACCUACUUUGGUCUUUGGGUCAACGCAAGCCCCCGGUUAUUGACCAGCACAUACCCAUCCUGAUGAAGGCACUUCAAAGUCGACUUGCCCGAGAGCAUGUCCAACAUUACACCGCCGUUGCCACCGCUCAGACGGCGCCACCCCGCUCUCAAGAUCCCAACCCGCCGCCUUCCGGCGAGAUGUCGCCAUACGAGCUCGAGAUCCAGACAAAGGUUAUGUUGAGGGCCAUCAGAACCGUUGCUUUGCGCAUGGAAGUCCUCGGGGACAACAGAAGACCGUUCCUCAGCGUCUUAGCCACGCUUGUUGAAAAGUCGUACCACAUUCCACUCUGCGAAGCUAUCCUCGAUAUGGUCGAGGGUUGGGUAUUCCGUUCGGAAGGGACUUGGCCUACUCUCAAAGAGAAAACCGCUGUCCUCCACAAGAUGUUGUCCUUCGAACACCGUCCUGACCCUACGAUGCUUACCAAGUUCUUGAAGCUCGUCAUUCGCAUCUACGAAGACCCCAAAGUCGCUAGAAGCGAGUUGACUGUGCGAAUGGAACAUGCUUUCCUUAUCGGCACUCGGGCUCAAGAUGUCGAGAUGAGGAACCGGUUCAUGACAAUUAUGGAUCGCAGCUUAUCAAAGACGGCGACUGCUCGUCUCGCCUAUGUCAUCUCCGACCAGAAUUGGAUGAGUCUUGCAGACUCGUACUGGCUUGUCCAAGCUUCGCAGCUCCUCCUCGGCGCCGUCGAGUCAAACACUGUUGCCCAGCUGAACCGCGACGAUUAUCGGACUUGGUCUCCUUCACAGCUCACCUGCAUGUACGUCAAGGAUUCGCGACAGCCCAGCCUGAUGUGCGAUGAAAAGUUCGAGGCGUUCAUGGCACAGCACCGCAAAUUCCUUACCGAUCUCGGUGACGUCAAGGUUCGUGAUAUUCUCGAACCGCUGGCACAGUUGCAGCACGUCGAUUUGGAGGUCGCUCACCAGCUCUGGGUUACGCUCUUCCCAAUGUUCUGGUCCGCCACUGCUAAGGACGAACGGAUGGAUCUCCAGAAGUCGUUGGUAGCGUUAUUGAUCAAGGAUUACCAUAAUCGACAGAUUGACAAGCGGCCCAACGUGGUUCAGUCUCUUGUGGAAGGCGCCUCGAGGGCUUGGCCAGAGUGCAGACUCCCACCGCACGUCGUUAAGUUCGUCUCUAAGACGUACGGCGGAUGGUACACUGGCCUUGUCCAGCUUGAAAAAGCCGCUGUCAAGCCUCAGCUCGAAUCGCCAACGGUACGUGAGAGCAACCUCGACGCACUUGUUGACUUGUAUGCGUCUCUCGAGGAGGAGGACAUGUUUUAUGGAACGUGGCGCCGCCGUUGCCAAUUUGUCGAGUCAAACGCUGCCUUGUCGUACGAGCAGAAUGGUAUGUGGGAUAAGGCCCAGAAGAUGUACGAAGCUGCCCAAAUCAAGGCUCGUACUGGUGUCACACCCUUCUCCCAGGCCGAAUAUAUGCUUUGGGAAGACCACUGGGUUCGCUGCGCUCAGAAGCUUCAGCAGUGGGACAUGCUUCAAGACUUUGCCAAGCACGAGAACUUCCAGGAUCUGUUACUCGAAUGCGCCUGGAGGUGUCACGAUAUGUGGCAGGAUCCCACGCACCGGGAGGGCUUGGACAAUAUUAUCAAGGGCUUCAUGGACGCGCCGACACCUCGUCGCCUAUUCUUCCAGGCGUUCAUGUCGCUCUUGAGAUUCCACAACGGCCAGGAGACGAUACACGAUUUUAGCCGCUAUUGCGACGAAGCCAUUCAAUUGUCGAUCCGGAAAUGGCACCAGUUACCGGCGAACCUGACCAAGGCCCACGUCCCUUUGCUACAAAAUUUCCAGCAGCUUGUGGAGCUUCACGAUGCUAGCAUCAUCUGCCAGAGUCUUGCCAAUACCACCCAAAGCAACCUCGACGUCAAGUCGGGUGAGUUGAAGUUGUUGCUCGGUGCCUGGAGAGAUCGACUCCCCAACGUCUGGGACGACAUCCAGUCAUGGCAGGACUUGGUCACCUGGAGACAGCAUAUCUUCGGUCUCAUUAAUCAGAAGUAUCUUCAGCUGCUCCCCCAGCCUGGUGGCCAAAACGCGGGCGGCGCAUCGUUCGCUUACAGAGGAUACCAUGAGACAGCCUGGAUUAUCAACCGGUUCGCGCACGUUGCUAGGAAGCACAACCUUCCCGAGGUUUGUAUCAGUCAGUUGAGCAGGAUCUACACACUCCCCAACAUCGAAAUUCAGGAGGCCUUCCUUAAGCUCAGAGAGCAGGCGAGAUGCCAUUACGAGAAUCCUGAUGAGCUGCGUAGCGGGUUGGAUGUGAUCAAUAACACAAACCUCAACUACUUCUCCGCGCCCCAAAAGGCAGAAUUCUACACUCUCAAGGGCAUGUUCUUGGAGAAACUGAAGGAAAACCAGGAGGCUGACGCCGCGUUCGGGACGGCGCUGUAUUUCGACAUCACUGCUGCGAAGGCGUGGGCCGAGUGGGGCUAUUUCAAUGAGCGAAAGUUCAAGGAGGAUCCGACCGACUUGAACUCGGCUAAGCAGGCCUUGACAUCUUAUCUUCAGGCUGUUGGCAGCUACAAGAGCCACAAGUGCCGCAAGCUGAUAUCGCGAAUCCUCUGGCUGUUAACUCUGGAUAACAAUGAAGGCGUUAUCGCAUCCGGCUUUGACGACUAUAAGGGAGACACACCGGUGUGGUACUGGAUCACUUAUAUCCCCCAGCUGCUCAGUGGGCUGGGCUAUAAGGAGGCGCCACGAUUGCUUAACAUCCUACUGAGAAUUGCCCGGUCUUUCCCCCAGGCGCUUUACUUCCAGCUCAGGACGAACCGCGAGGACAUGUUUACGAUCAAGAAGAACCAGGAGGCUAAGGAGAGGGCCGAAAAGGUUCGAAAGGCCCAGCAGCAGGCCCAGCAGGCGGCUGCGGCUAGUGGCGCAUCCAAAUCUCCUGUUCAGGCCAAGACGGAGAAGCCCGAAGGUUCGACGUCUAGGCCGGCAACCGCUAAUGGCGAGACAGCGAAGACGGAGAAUGCCAACGUGAAGACUGAAGGUACUAAGGACGGACAGAAGCCGCAAACGCCAGCGACGCAAGGCCAGGGAACUCCCCAGAAUGCGGCGGCAACGGCGCAACAACAACAGCAGCAGCAGGCCGGUCAAUCCCGCCCUGGACAACAGCAACAGCCGGCUCAACCAGGUCAAAACCAACCCCCCACGGGUAGUCAACGAAAGCCGUGGGAACUCAACGACGAGAUCAUGACCACGUUGAAGACGGCAUUCCCGCUACUUGCGCUGUCGAUGGAGACCAUGGUGGACCAGAUCCAGAAGCACUUCAAGUGCCCACCUGAUGAAGAUGCAUAUCGCCUCAUUGUUGCCCUGCUUAACGAUGCUCUUGCCUAUGUCAGCCGAAUGCCAGCUUCCUUCGCUAAGGACGUAAAGCUGCCGGCGGCGACGGAGACUAACAUUACGCGGUUCGCCGAGACGAUCUUGCCCGCGCACAUCAAGAAGUCGUUCGAGGCCGAUUUUGUCCAGGUCAAGCCAACAAUGUACGAAUACAUUCACAAGCUUCGUGGAUGGAGGAACAAGUUUGAGGAAAAGCUCGACAGGCGGCACUGCCGCGUGUCACUGGAGUCGUUCUCGCUUCACCUUAGCGAAUUCCAGUAUCAGAAGUUCGACGACGUCGACAUCCCCGGACAGUACUUGUUGCACAAGGACAAGAACCAGGACUUUGUCAAGAUUGACCGCUUCCUGCCCAACGUCGAUCUCGUCCGCACCAGCAGCGCGUCCUACAGGCGUCUGCGCAUGAGGGGACGUGACGGUAGCAUCCACUCAUGGGCUGUCCAGCACCCGGCAGCGCGUCACUGCAGGCGCGAGGAGCGCAUCCUUCAGCUUUUCCGCCAUCUCAAUCAGACCCUUGGUAAGAAGAAGGAGAGCCGAAGACGAGACCUCCAGUUCACGCUGCCCAUCAUGGUCCCUCUGGCGCCACAUAUCCGAAUCGUCAAGGAAGAUGCCAGCUGGGUCACCCUACAAGGCGUGUACGAAGACCACUGCCGAAGGAACAAGAUGUCCAAGGAUGAGCCCAUCAUGUUCGCCAUGGAAAAGCUGCGGGCUAUUCUGGAGCCGAAGACAUCGCACCGACCGUCAGAGCAGCAUGCCACCGCUCGGCUCGAGGUUCUUAACGCCAUUGAGGAGAAGUGGGUGCCACACACGGUGGUUCUCGAUUACUUCCAGCGCAUCUACCCUGAGUUCGAAGACUUCUGGCUGUUCAGACGCCAAUUCUCGUACCAACUUGCAGCACUCACUUUCAUGACGUACAUCUUGUACAUGCAUAACCGAUACCCACACAAGAUGCACAUUGCACGCGGAUCGGGCAACAUCUGGGGCUCAGAACUCAUGGCGUACAUGGGGGUUAACAAACCGUAUUUCGUCAAUCCCGAGCUCGUGCCUUUCCGAUUGACGCCCAACCUCCAGACGCUCAUGGGCCCGUUGGCAACGGAGGGCAUCUUCAGCGUGGCCAUGCUAGCCAUCGCGCGAUGCCUGACAGAGCCCGAGCUCGAGCUCGAGCACAACCUGACGCUCUUCGUGCGCGACGAGAUCCUCGUGUGGUUCACUACGUACAGCCACCGAAAGGAGCAGUUUAUGGAGGUGCCCUCGGACACGAUCCGGGAGACGGUGCAGUUGAACACAGACCAGAUCGUUAAGCGUGCCGUUAGUCUCGCGCAAAGCCCGCCUGGCAAUCUGCCGGCCACUCAGACGGUGAUCGACUUGAUUGCUAAGGCGGUCAACCCGCUUAAUCUAGCCCAGUGUGAUGCGCUGUGGAUGCCGUGGUUGUAA